UUAUUAUUAUUAUUAUUAUUAUUAUUAUUAUUAUUAUUAUUAUUAUUAUUAUUAUUAUUAUUAUCAUUAUUUUCAUUAACUUAAUCUCUAUUUUCUCUCUCUCUCUCUCUCUCUCUCUCUCUCUCUCUCUCUCUCUCUCUCUCUCUCUCUCUCUCUCUCUCUCUCUCUCUCUCUCUCUAGGGAGGGAGAGAAAAUCGAAUUAAUUGUGAGAUAGCUUUAAAGUGAGCAACGAACUGACAAACGAACGAACACACACGAAGGGAGAUAGUGAGAGAAAGUGAGAAAAUGUGAGAAAAUAAAGAAAGAAAGAAAGAAAGAAAGAAAUAAAGAAAGGAAGGAAGAUAAAGAGAAAGAAAAGUGAGCGAGAAAAAGAGAAAAAAAUAAAGAAAAUAAAGAAAGUAUUAAAGAUAGAGUGAGAUUUUAAAGAUAGUGCCAAAUUUUAGAGAAAGUGAGAUAGUGAGAUUGUGAGAAAAUAAAGAGAGACAGAUCCCACCACCACCACUACCACCCCCGUGUGACCCAGCGUGACCUGCCCCGUGACCCCAUAUGACCUGACCCCUGACCUCAAGAUGUUCAUUCACCGGGGAGAGAGUUUCGGCAGCACGGGGUCAGCGGGGUCAACUGGAAAAAGAAGGUCAAAGAUUCCGGAUAUUAUUAUAAGGGAGGACCCCCCUCACUUCCCCCUCCCCUGCAUACAGGUGACCCAGGUAGUCGACCAAGAUGACGAGGAAGGUGUCAGCUUUGGGGGUCCGACACCUCCUUCUGCGACCCCCAGGGAGGCUCGGCCGAGGUCACCCUCCUCCCCUGCUGCCCUUAGAACCCCAGGGCGAGGGUCAAGAAGGGUCUCUCUUAUCCCUGGGGAGGCGCUUGAAGAUGCACGUACAUCCAUGGCCCUAGCGACCCUCCUACAGGCACAGGAGGGGGCGCAGGAGUCCUCAGGGAUGGGUGGAGGUCCUCACUGCCCGUCCCUGCAUCCUAGCAUCCCGUCAGGCCUCGCCCUUCCGCUGCAGUGCCCCUCGAAGCCACGGGUUGUGAAGGCCAAGACUGAAGAAAUUGAAAGCGUCGCAGUUGGAGAUGUUGACAAUUCUACCGCUAAUUCUUCUCCUGUAAGGAUGAAGUCGAACCAGAGGUGGCUUAAGCUCCGCACCACUGUUCAGCUAUCUGGCGCCCUCUCCUCCUCCAUCAACAAGCCCAAGCCGCCAUUGAAGAGGGAAGACUCCUUUAUAAAGAGGUUCUCCACACGACAGAUUGCUGAGAUACAGGACACCGUAGACCAGACGGAUGAAGAGGAUAUUAGCAAAACGUCAACAGGGUCACCUAAGUUUAGGAAGAAGAAGAAGAGGCAGCCACGCACGGUUAUCAAUCCAUAUGGAAACGUUUACUUCUAUUGGUUAUGUUCGUUAACCAUCUGUGUCCUCUACAAUCUAUGGACUCCUAUCGUCAGGCAAGCGUUUCCGGAGCUCCAGACGUCCCCGCAGCCUCUAUGGUACCUGCUAGACGGGCUGACGGACAUAGUGUUCGUAGUGGACAUCCUGGUGCAGUUCAGGACCGGUUAUUUGGAACAAGGCUUAAUUGUUUACGAUUUUAAGAAGCUUGCCAAACAUUACAUGCAUUCUAGAAGCUUUUUAUUGGACCUCGUGUCUCUGCUACCCCUUGACGUGUUGCAACUGUUGAUUGGCACUCACCCCAUCAUCAGGUUCCCACGGUUCGUCAAAGUGUACCGUGUAUAUAACUACUACUACAUGGUGGAGUCUCGAACCCUCUACCCUAACAUGUGGCGUGUUGUGAACCUCAUCCACAUUCUGCUGCUACUGGCACACUGGUUUGGCUGCUUCUACUACAUGCUGUCAGAAGCGGAACAUUUCAGAGGCGAUUGGACGUACCCGUAUCAUCACGACUCAGCCUUCAAGACACUGUCCCGGAAGUACCUCGGAUCCGUGUACUGGUCCACCCUGACCCUAACUACCAUAGGGGACCUGCCUACGCCCGAGACCAACAAGCAGUAUGUCUUCACUAUAAUUAGUUACCUCAUUGGCGUCUUCAUCUUCGCUACUAUUGUCGGUCAAGUUGGGAACGUCAUUACUAACAGGAAUGCAAACAGACUCGAAUUUGAAAGAUUAUUGGAUGGAGCCAAGCUGUACAUGAGGCACCACAAGGUACCACGGGCCAUGCAGAGGAGGGUACAGAGGUGGUACGACUACUCUUGGUCGAGAGGUCGUAUACAAGGAGGCGGUGAUAUUAACACAGCCUUGGGUCUACUGCCGGACAAGCUUAGAACGGAGCUGGCUUUGCACGUGAACCUCCUGACGCUGAAGAAGGUUAGCAUAUUCAAGGAGUGCCAACCGGAAUUUCUUCACGAUUUGGUGCUGAAAAUGAAAGCUUACAUUUUCACACCUGGGGAUCUGAUCUGCAGGAAGGGAGAGGUAGCAAGGGAGAUGUUUAUCAUAGCUGACGGAAUCCUGGAGGUCAUCAGCGAGACAGGCAAGGUUCUAACAACAAUGAAAGCAGGAGACUUCUUUGGAGAAAUUGGUAUUCUUAACCUGGACGGCCUCAACAAGUCUGAUUUGGGAAGACGAACCGCUGACGUGAGGUCCGUUGGGUACUCAGAAUUGUUCAGCUUGUCACGAGAAGAUGUGCUAAUGGCCAUGAAAGACUACCCAGAAGCACAGGAAAUACUACAGAGUCUGGGGCGUAAGAGGCUGAUGGAGGCGCGUCACACCACCUCAAAGUCAGGUUCAUCGGGUUCAAGUAAACGUGGGUCACCGUCACCAAACAGAGAUGCAGGUUCGGAUGAUAAAAAUGCGAAGAAGAUUGUAAGCAGACUUCGUUCCGACGUGUCAGCCAUUAGAAACGCCUUUAGGAGAAGUAAAGGAGCGACCAGGUAUAUGGAGACACUUGAACAAGACUACUCAAUGAGGAAAAUGGACGCUGAAACGCUGGAAAUGGAGGGUCUGGAAGGGCGUUCCAGCACUGAGGAUGACACGCCCGCGGUCAAGAGAAUACUUAAGGACCCUAAGAGAAGAUCCCAUAGAAGGGGUACCAAACGUGUGGCAUUCAGGCGAAUCAGUGGGCGCAGCGGCAGUGACUCGGGCAGCGGUCAACGAGGGGUCCUAGUAAGAAUGGCCCGAGUUACUAGCGACGAGACUAACCAAGGAACAAGUCCAGGGCGCGUUCCUUCUGGAGAUGAACCGACGGGGACAGGUGGGGGUGUUCUGGGAGCUGGUUUACCCCUCCUUCAGCGUCUAAAGCUUUUAAAGGACAAGGAAGAGAAGGAGGAGAAGGAGAAGCAGAGGGUGCUGGAGGAGGAGGAACGGAAGAAGAGAGAGAAGGAAAAGGAAGAGGAGAAGAAGGAAGACGAGGAGCCGGAGGUGAUUGGAGCUGGUUUACCACUGUUCGCUAGGCUGAGGCUGUUGAAAGCGAAGGAGGAGAAGGAAAGAAUGGAAAAAGAAGAACGAGAAAAACAACAACAACAACAACAAGACCACAAACAAACAGAAGCAACCACGACUCCUACAACCACACAAUCACCAAAACCACCACCUACCGCAACCACCACGACCACCACAACCACUGCAACCACCACAGCACCACAGGACACGCGCGUUACACCCAAGGCACCCACCACAGCACCCCCACGCCCUGCAGGAUUGCUUAAGAAUAAACUGCGGGCAGCCAUGCUUUUUGACGCUGCCCCUGCUGUACCCGCGCGCCCUCAGGUGACCAAAGACCAAGCUGGAGACAAAGAUGACCCUAAACCACUAAAGACGCCCCCCGGUGAUGCCCCAAAGGUCACCAGUACUUUACAAUCCCAAGUCGUAUCAAACACCAUACCAGGGUCAACAUUAGACAGAACCCUUGGAAAAAUUGCUAAGGAUAUCUCCACAGGACCCAGAUACCCCCCUUGCUACUGCCACGACCACUAAC